AUGGGAAUUCUGGUUUUACGAUUAUUUUGGCCUUCGGAUGGCUUAUAUAAAAAGACCAAAAAUCCAUUAUUUGAUUAUUUUAUGGGCAUUGAAUUGUAUCCACACAUUACGCCUGUAAUUAGUUUAAAAUUAUGGAUCACCAGUAGAUUUGGAAUAAUGUUGUGGCAAUAUGUAAUGCUAUUGUGUUGGAAAGCCAAUUUUGAAACAUUACCUGAUGGGGUUUUCAAUUACUCUCUAUCGGCCACUACUUUAUUACAAACCAUAUAUAUAACAAAAUUUUAUUACUGGGAAGAAGCAUACAACAAAGGAUUUGACGUCACUGAAUGUCUAUAUGGUUUUUAUUUCUGUUGGGGAAGUAUAGCAUUUAUGCCUGGAUUUUUCACUAUAACCAGUUUAUAUUUGGUAGACAACUCACCAUAUGAUGCGUUUGGAAUAAAAUCAUUUAUUACAGUUAUAAUUGGUGGCAUAAUAUCGAUUGGUCUAAACACAUGGGCAGAUGAACAAAAACUAUAUUUCAGGUCAAAUAAUGGAAAAUGUAUUAUUUGGGGAAAACCGGCAAAACUUAUUCGAGCCGAAUAUAUCGACGAUUUUGGGCAAAACAAGCGAAACAUACUUUUGACGUCAGGGUUUUGGGGAAUCUCUCGACAUAUGAACUAUUUAUUUGAGUUUAUGUUGAAUUUACUGUGGUGUUUGCCGGCACUGUUUGCCAGUCCCAUACCUUACAUGUGCCUAAUAUUUGUAACAGGCUUUUUAUUUGAUAGAUGCAACAAGAAUGAAGAGAAAUGCAAACUUAAAUAUGGUCACUAUUGGCAACAAUACACAAAUCAAAUUUUAAUGCGCAUGUGUUUAGCCAAAUUCAUUCAUCGAUACGAGUUUACUCUAGCCCAGGAGCCUGAGCUA